GAGGGAAAGGUGUUUAAUAUAUUUAUGGUAAAAAGCAUAUAUAGGGUGAAAGAUAAGGCAAGCGACGUGGACGGAACAGGAUGGUCUGUGUCUGGUCAUAAAUAGGGUUGACCGUUGCACUGCAUGGUUAGAUGAACAGAAGGGUAAUUCCGUCAUUGCAGAAAUGACUGUAAAAGCCUCUUUAACCACACUGCACCACCACACGCUCAUUAGUGAUUGCUCAGUAAGCUUAACCAAUGCUCCAAACAAAUCCCUGCCACGUCACAAACACCAACACCCCGCACGUGCCAGAACUCCCCUCUCUCACGUGCCCUGCUGUGUUAGCUCGCCUCCUUCUUACGUGUUCAGCAUAAAUACAACACAACUACCUUCUUCUCCUGUAUCGCCUCCUUUCUUUAACACCACUCUCUAUUUCUGGCCCAACCUGUUCCUCCUCUCUUAUUGCUCUCUCAAACCAUUCGUACCAUCCCACUUUUAAUAUUCUUUCAAUGUUUUUUUGUGCUCACUGGCUUCCUUGCUUGCUAAACUAUAAUCUUUCAUAAAGCCUAUCUGGACUGCAUCACUCCCUAUACUUUCAUUCACUCUACAGUUCCCAUUUCAAUUUCCAACCUUCUUUUCUCUUUUCCUGUUCAAACCACUACCAUGCUAGAGCCUGGUGGUGCUGAACGUCAUUCCGAGGCCAGUUUCGAGACUCUCAAUUCUUCCAUGCUUGGAAGCUCCAUGAGCAGCGAGAGCAUUUGCAGUACCAGUUUCAGCCGUCUUUCCUUCGAUCUCCUCCCGCCCUCGCCGGAGAGUCUCUCCCUUAAGCCUCAUCGCUCCUCCGACUUCGCCUACUCGGCCAUUCGCUUUGCCGCCUUCUGCCGCAAGGCCGCCCUCACCUUCCGCGACUUCCACCUCCUCCGUCGCAUCGGCUCCGGCGACAUCGGUACCGUCUACCUCUGUCGCCUCCGAAACCGGCAAUUCAACAGCCCCGUAGAGGACGAGGAGGAUGAAGAGUGCUGUUUGUACGCGAUGAAGGUGGUGGACAAAGACGCAGUGGCAUUGAAGAAGAAGUCGCAGAGAGCGGAAAUGGAGAGAAAAAUCCUGAAGAUGCUGGACCACCCGUUCCUUCCUACUCUCUACGCGGAGUUCGAAGCCUCUCAUUUCUCUUGCAUCGUGAUGGAGUUUUGCUCCGGCGGAGACCUUCACUCGCUGCGCUUCAAGCACCCUCACAACCGUCUACCUCUCUCCUCCGCUAGAUUUUAUGCUGCGGAGGUGCUGGUGGCGUUGGAGUAUUUACACAUGCUGGGAAUCAUAUACAGAGAUUUAAAGCCCGAAAACGUGCUGGUGAGAUCGGACGGUCACAUCAUGCUUUCUGAUUUCGAUCUCUCUCUUUGCUCGGAUGCAAUCCCAGCCGUUGAAUCCUCAGAUCCCUUAAUACCUCACACUUACACUCACAGUUACACUCCCCCUCCCACUCGCUCGCAUUCUUUUAUCAGUCCAUUCUCCUGCUUCUCGAACCGGGGUUUCCGGUCUCGUGACAUGCGAGUCGUCGAACCGAACCGCCUCUUUGUAGCCGAACCGGUUUCGGCCCGCUCCUGCUCCUUCGUCGGAACCCACGAGUACGUCUCGCCAGAGGUUGCCUCCGGCAGGUCGCACGGUAACGCCGUUGACUGGUGGUCGUUUGGAGUAUUUAUCUACGAGCUUAUAUACGGUCGCACGCCGUACGCAGGUCCAUCGAAGCAGGCUACGCUACGGAACAUAGUGAAGAAGCCCCUGGCGUUCCCCACUGCCACGCCCGCGAGCUGUCUUGAACUCCACGCGCGAGAUUUGAUAUCCGGCUUGCUGAACAAAGACCCGGCGCGUCGACUCGGGUCGAAGCGUGGCGCCGCUGACGUCAAGAAGCAUCCCUUCUUCAAAGGGCUCAACCUGGCGCUGAUUCGCAUGCAGACGCCGCCCCUAGUGCCUAGCUCGAGAAGGUCCAAAACGACGUCGCUCUACCCCGCGAAGGGUAAAAGCAGCAGGAACCAUCAUAAACAGCAUGAGACGGCGUCGUUUGAAUUUUUCUUUUGAAAAUAAGUAAAAAUAAAAGUGCGGUCCUAUUUUUAUUAGUUUUAAAAGCUCAAGUUGGUUCUCUAAUUCCUCUUGUAGAAAGCUUUCUGGAGACUGUGGGAGAAUUCUAAAUGAAGAAGAUUCGUUGCUUAA